CCCCGCCGAGGAGGUGCCCAGGCUGCCGCCCCCGCUGGAGCCCCCAGUACUGGCCCCGGGCCCCGCGCCACCUGAGGAGACCCCCCCACCGCCACCUCUCAACGUCGUGCCCCCUGAGGCACCUGGCGAGGAGCCAGAGGUGAAGGCGCGCCCCAUCAUCCCCAUGCUGUACGUGCUGCCGCGGCCCGGCACAGGGUGUGACAAGGGCCGCGUGUCCUGCCAGCAGGCCUUUGAGCACUUUGCCCAGAGGGGCCCUACCUGGAAGGAACAGGCGGCCCCCAUGGAGCUGACGGGUCCCGAGGAGGAUGGCGGAGCCGGCGAGGUGCAGGCGCCGCCCACGUUCUCCAAGUUGAAGGUGGAGAUCAAGAAGAGCCGGCGCCACCCCCUGGGCAAGCCACCCACACGCUCCCCGCUGAUGGUGGUCAAGCAGGAGGCCUCGAGUGACGAGGAAGCCUUCCCUUUCUCCGGGGAGGAGGACGUGAGUGACCCCGAGGCCUUGAGGUCUUUGCUCUCCCUGCAGUGGAAGAACAAGGCUGCCAGUUUCCAGGCCGAGAGGAAGUUCAAUGCUGCGGCCGCCCUGACCGAGCCCUACUGCGCCAUCUGCACCCUCUUCUACCCUUACAGCCAGUCCCUACAGCCCGAGAAGGAGGCUCCCCAGGCCUCCCUCGGGGAGGGUCCCUCGGCUGCUCCUCCUUCCAAAAGUGGCCAGAAGACACGGCCGUUGAUCCCUGAGAUGUGCUUCACCUCCAGCGGUGAGAACACGGAGCCCCUCCCUGCCAACUCGUACAUCGGUGACGACGGGACCAGUCUGCUCAUCGCCUGCGCCAAGUGCUGCCUGCAGGUCCACGCCAGUUGCUACGGCAUCCGCCCUGAGCUGGUCAAUGAAGGCUGGACGUGUUCCCGGUGCACGGCCCAUGCCUGGACUGCGGAGUGCUGUCUCUGCAAUCUCCGGGGAGGAGCCCUGCAGAUGACCACUGACCGGAGGUGGAUCCAUGUGAUCUGUGCCAUCGCUGUCCCCGAAGUGCGCUUCCUGAACGUGAUGGAGCGCCACCCCGUGGACAUCAGCGCCAUCCCCGAGCAGCGGUGGAAGCUGAAGUGCGUGUACUGCCGGAAACGGAUGAAGAAGGUGUCGGGUGCCUGCAUCCAGUGCUCCUGUGAGCACUGCUCCACCUCCUUCCACGUGACCUGCGCCCACGCCGCCGGGGUCCUCAUGGAGCCUGACGACUGGCCCUACGUUGUCUCCAUCACCUGCUUCAAGCACAAGUCAGGGAGCCACACCGUCCAGUUCCUGAGGGCCGUGUCCUUGGGCCAGAUGGUCAUCACCAAGAACCGCAACGGGCUGUACUACCGCUGCCGGGUCAUCGGCACCAGCACGCAGACCUUCUACGAAGUAAACUUCGACGACGGGUCCUACAGCGACAACCUGUACCCGGAAAGCAUUACCAGUAGGGACUGUGUCCGGCUGGGACCCCCGCCCGAGGGGGAGUUUGUGGAGCUGCGGUGGGCGGAUGGCAACAUGUACAAGGCCAGGUUCAUUUCCUCUGUGACGAGCCACGUCUACCAGGUGGAGUUUGAGGACGGGUCCCAGCUGAUGGUGAAGCGUGGGGACAUCUUCACCCUGGACGAGGAGCUCCCCAAGAGGGUCCGGUCGCGGCUGUCGCUCAGCACAGGGGCACCUCAGGAGAGUACCUUCUCGGGGGAGGAGGUGAAGGCCGCCAAGCGCCCGCGGGUGGGCACCCCGCGCGCCCCCGAGGACUCAGGGCGGAACCCGGACUACCUAGCGUUCAUGGAGAGCCUCCUGCAGGCGCAGUGCCGGCCCGGGGCCCCCUUCUAGGACAGCCGGCUGCCCGGCGACCCCUCGGCCCAGCAAGGCAGGCGGCGGCGGGCCCUGGCGUUUGCUUGCUGUGAAUUCCCGUCCUCGCCUCCCCCGGCCCCAAGAGGCUACCUCCGUGCGCGAGGCCGCCCCGCUCUGCGGCGACAGGAGCGAGCAGGACACCGGCGCGCGGCCCGGACUCAGGGAGCAGGGCCACGCGGGCUCUGGGGGGCUGGCCGGGGACUCGCGCCACCCCCACCACUCAGAUUCGUAAACCACGUAAGCUCUUCUUCUCGAAAAGGUGCUACUGCCUUGCCUGCCUCCCGAGCAGCCUUUGAGAUUGUGACUCCUGUACAUACGUCACCUUUGUGAGGCUCUUUCUAGAAAUACCUGUUGUUUAAAAAAAAAAAAACACGAGAAAAAAAGGAAAACAGAAAAGGAAAAAACCCGCAAAGUUGUUUUCUAGAUUUGUGGCUUUAACAAUGAAACAAAACAAAACAAAAAUGUUCUUUUUCUCAGAACCAAGAUACGCCGAGGGAGAUGAAAGCAUCUCGGUUUUUUUUGUUGUUGUUUUAAAACCUCGCUCGUCUCUGCGAGCAGCAGGGAGGUGCCUGGGAGGCCGGGCAGGGUGACUGGGACAAGCGUCGGCCUGUCCCCCCUCUCCCUGGGCUUGGCGAAGGUCUGGGCGGCUGGCCCCGCCUCCUUGACCAGCGCCCGCCCCCCGUUGCUCUCUACACCGACAGGAGGAGGCCGGCCGUGCCCUUUGGGGGCGACCGCUGGCCGUGGGGGUCCAGGAGCCCCCCUCCGGUCCGCGCACGCCUUCGCAAAAUAAAUACUCUCUCUUCUGGUUUGCUCCAUCUUUUGCUUCUUCCCCUCGUGAGAACCACUGCACGGCUGAGGCCUCCAGUGUUUGCAAACGGGCUUGGUGCCCACAGAGUGUCCCCAGCACUGCCCAGGCCGUCCGUGGGCCUCCCAGCAGGUGCGUGGCUGGCUGCCUUUGGCCGUCAGGAGAGGGAGGACACGGGGCCACGCAGGACUCCCAGGUGGCCCAAGUCCAGCCGUUUCCCUGUGUGGGCGAGUUCUGUGUCCCCGGGCUCUGGCCACCCAGGUGCCCCCUGCGUUGGCUGCUGUCCCACGUGUGCAGGGUCGCCCGCUUUGGUCCCCGAGGGGCCGGCGGCACCCUGUGUCCCAUUUGGGAAGUGUGGACUUGUGUGUCUGGGGGACAGCAAGAGAGAACCAGACCCGCCUCCUGAGAGCUGUGGGUCAGAUUUAUGAGAGCGUGCCUGUGAGGGGCUUGGGACCCCCGCCCCCUGCUGUCCUGCCCAGGGACUGACAGCAUAAUUUUGCUUGUGUAAAAAAAAAAUUAAAAAAUAAAUAAAGAGUGUUCUGAUGGUUUCCAGGCCAGAAAGAACUAUUAUAAGGAGAACGGAAAGAAUGUAAAUGAGCCGAGAACCUUUCAUUUCCUUGGUGGGGGGCGGGGGGGCAGGUGCCCCUGGAGCGGGGCGGGGGCCGGAGGUCCGGAGGGGAGUCAGCCGGGAUGUGGGGGUUUCCCUCUGCAUGCAAGCCCCGCCCAGAUGCGGCACUGUGUUCAUAUGUAGUUUGAAAAUGCUAUUUAUAUUGUAAAGAGAACAAAAAGAAGCGAGCUGGCCCUCUGGGUCAGAGGAGGGGGCCAGACCCAGGGGGUCUUUCUGGGUCUAGGGUGACGGCAGACAGGCUGCGGCUCGGCAAAGGGGAAAUGCACAUUUCCCCACAAAGGUAUAUCCGUGUCUAUGUACAAAAACGAGAAACAGAAACACCCACCCACCCUGAUUUUUCUCCCACCCGAGAUUAAGGAUGCGCUGUAUUUUUGCCUAAUUUCCCCUGCCUCUAGGUUCAUAAUGAAUUAAAGGCCCGUGAGCGCUGUC